UUGAUGCUCUCCCCCUUGCUGCAUGUGGCCUUUGAACCCAUUGUUGUGUCGCGGGUGACGUCAGUGCCGUGUGCGGGAGACGGAGCGGCGUGCGCCUGGCGAGACAAAGGCGGCGGACCGACCGGGGUCAGGCAGCAGCAGCAGAGAGCCGAGAAUCACCACUGUGUUUUUUUAACUAAAAGCCUGCUGGUUAGCUAACCCGCUAGCUCACAGCACUGGUCUCCUCCUCCUCCUGGCUGCUUCUCAUCUUUCCCUCAAGAGCUGGGCGACACGCGAAGAGAGGACCUCGUCGACAAAGGCAAGAUACAAAGAGGGUGCGCUCACUCCCAACAAAACAGGCAUCCGUGAUCUGAUGUGAGAUCCACGGAGAGACUAUGCCUAGCCCUUUAUUCCACCCCGAGAUUAUGGACCACGACGUGGUGAUCAGCAGCCAGCACAACGGGGUUGGUCUGCCCCGAGAGACAGACCAGGAGUCCCGGGAAGAGGACCACCAAGAGGCGCUCCGUUUCGCCCUGGACCAGCUGUCACUCAUGGCCCUGGAGAAGGUGGACUGUGGGGGCGGUGGUGGUGUAGGCGGCGGGCUGGUCGACACUCUGGAUGGGACCCAGGGUCCGGGCUCUGACGGCUGUAACGGCGUGGGCGGAGGGGGCUACGUGGAUCUACAGAUGCUGGAGCAUCCCAGCGGGUCCCGGGACUCGCCGACGUCCUGUUCUCCAUCCCCGGAGUACUACGGCUCAGGCGGGUACCACAUGGCCGGCUCGCACCCGAUGCUCCACGGGGAACAAAGCUCCGUCCUCUGCAGCAGGAAAAGAAGUGUCAACAUGACUGAAUGUGUGCCUGUCCCCAGCUCUGAACAUGUGGCCGAAAUCGUGGGGAGACAAGGCUGUAAGAUCAAGGCCUUGCGUGCCAAAACAAAUACCUACAUAAAGACUCCAGUCAGAGGUGAGGAGCCAGUGUUCAUCGUGACAGGACGCAGGGAGGAUGUGGAGAUGGCCAAACGCGAAAUUGUCUCUGCGGCUGAGCAUUUCUCUAUGAUCCGGGCGUCCCGCUGCAAAGCCGGAGGGUCUGGAGGAGGAGGCAGCGGCGGCAGCUCUCUUCCUGGACCUCCACACUUGCCUGGACAGACCACCAUACAGGUGAGGGUGCCCUACAGAGUUGUUGGUUUAGUUGUUGGACCAAAGGGAGCAACUAUCAAGCGCAUCCAGCAGCAGACUCACACCUACAUCGUGACACCCAGUCGAGAGAAAGACCCGGUGUUCGAGGUGACCGGCAUGCCGGAGAACGUGGACAGAGCAAGAGAGGAGAUCGAGACCCACAUCACGCUGCGAACUGGGACCUUUGUAGACCUGCAGGGAGACAAUGACUUCCACACCAACGGCACUGAUGUCAGUCUAGAAGGCCUGGGCGCCCUGAGCGGAGGACUGGGGGCAUCUCUGUGGUCCAGGGCUACUGGUCACCAUUCUGCCCCCCCUCCUCCUCCGCCCUCCCCACCUCCCCCUCUUCCCAUGUCCAUGCACCACUCCUCCAGCCGGAAGAUGUCCUCCUCGGUCGCCUAUCACACGCACAACGGUGGGAUGAGCUCAGACAACUUCAGCGCCACUCGCAAGGCCAACGAGAGAGGCAGCCCUACCAGCCCUUUUAGCACAGGCUCCAGCAGUGCUGGUGGAGGAUUCACUUUUGGGGGCGACUCCACCCCAGGGCUGGCUUCCUCAGAUGAGCUGGGCUUUGAGUUCACCGCUUCCAACAUCUGGGCACCUUUCGUCAACGGUGGAACAGGCAAUAAGACGGCCAGCUCCUCCCAGCAGCAGCCUCUGCGUCGCAACAGCAGCGGUCUGAGCGGUGGCGCCAUCACUCCACGAUUGUCUCCAACUCUGCCUCAGGACACGGGCGUGGGCCCGCUGGAUCACCCGCUGGCCCGUCGUGCCCAGAGCGAUCCCCUCAGCACUCUCUCCUGGCUACAGUCUGGCAGCGCAGGAGGCGGCUCCUUCUCUGGGGCGUCAAGCUCCAGCUCUGGCGGCUCGUCGACCGGUUACUCCUCCUGCUCGGCGUCCUCUCUGCCAGGCGGCUCGCCCACUGACUCCGAGGGAGGCGGCAGUGCCGUGGGUCUCAGCUCUGGGAUGCUGAGCCGGCUGAAAGGCGGCUCAGGCCCCGGGGUCACAGGCCUGGUCGGCGUCAGCCCCGGGAUCAACAGGGACUGCUUUGUGUGUUUCGAGAGCGAGGUGACAGCAGCCCUGGUGCCUUGUGGCCACAACCUGUUCUGCAUGGAGUGUGCCGGGCAAAUCUGCCAGUCAGCUGAGCCGGAGUGCCCCGUCUGUCACACCCCCACCACACAGUGCAUCCGCAUCUUCUCCUAAUGCUCCGACAGGAAGGGUGGGGGGUAAAUAUGGGAGAGGAGACUGGAAGAAGACUGCAGUGGGGCACCAGCUGUGGCGGAGGAGAUGGAAAGAUUCACACUAAUAACUUUCACACACACGAUGGACCAUAAUAAAUGCAUUAAUAGAGAUGACGAUACUA